AUGCCUCGUGAUGCCGGCCCCCGCAAGCCCACCCUCAAGCAGCUGGCGAAGCAGAAAGCGAAGGACAUCAAGACCCGGGAGCGCAACGAGGCGACGUUCGCAUCCGCCGUUCAGCACUCCAAAAGCACCAUACUCGACGUGGACAUGCGGUUCAUUCAAGACACGCUGACCCAGAACCCGACUUGGAUUUCUCCACUCGCUGGUCUGAUCCGCUCGGGCUCGUUGAAUGGUCUUCUGAAGGACGUUGCCAAGAAGGAGGAGACCGGUGGACUGAGAUGGAAGGGCAAGUGCACCAAAUGGGGCAGUUUGCCGCUUGAGAUGGCGAGCUUAAUGCUCAAGCAUUGCGGUGUGGAGCUCGCGGAGGACGUACAGAAGGACGAACCCGUCGUACGGACCCUCUUCGAGAUCCAGUUCUGGGCAGCCAAGUCGGCGUCCUUGCCAUCUCGUGCGGACAUUCGCUAUCAGUCCACGUUGGUCAAGUUAGCGAGGGCCCGCAUGGAGGACGUUGGUCGCAACUACAUAGCUGCGGUGAACUCGGCGGAGGCUAUCAGUGUUGACCGGGACAGGUACAACAUCUGGUCACUUGAGAACAACACGUUGUACUGCCACGUCUUUGCCACACAAGAUGGACACCCUCGCCGUUCCCGCUCGGAGUUCGUACCCAACGAGUCGUACCUCAGCCACGAGCUUCCUACUCUCCCGGACAACAAGACGUGGCAAUUGGACGACCCUUUUGCGGUGGACUGUGUCAUUUCAGAUGGACAGCAUAACUCGUUGUUCAGUUUUGAAUGCGCGAGUUUCUUUCCUACUUUGCCGGACAUGAAGGCCAAGUGGACCUUCGACUUGUCGUCGGACGCAGACACCACGGCUGGCCUCGGCGACAAUGUGCCGCAGGGCACCCCGUCGGUCCGGAGUGCAUAA